AUGCCACGCCCAGCAUUUAACACCGCUGCCUGUCGCGGCGACGACGCCGAAUCUCGGGAAGCAGUCCAGGCCGCCACCCCUUCCCGUUUUCCUCAGAUUCCGGCUGCACCUUGUUCAUCCUCACGCCAUGGGUGGAAUCUUCUCGAAUGCAGCCCUCCAUGCGGCGCGUGUCAGUCACCUUCACCCCAGCAAGAACUGGCCGGUCCAUGCUGUUGCAGUGCCCUGCGGGGACGUGGCGCAAGGAUGAGCGGGUUUGCGCCACCACCCAUGAAUGCUGAUGUGCGGCUGUUGUUACUGCUGCUGCUGCUGCUGCUGCACGGUCUGAGGUGGCAGGGUGCCAUGGCGCAAGUCACACUCAAUGACGACGAAUGGCCGGCAAUAAAGGAGAUGAAGGCGGCGCUGACGUUCUCAGGGUGGGACACGUGGGUGCAGGGCGCCGUGUGCAGCACCAUGACCGGCAUCACCUGUGAUAUUAGCGGCUAUGUCACCCGCAUCAAAGUGCCGGACUUCUCAGGCUCACUGCCAGCGGCCAUCGGAGACCUCAUACAUCUCAACUACCUGUUCUGUGUGUCAGACAGCCUCACGGGGCCCCUUCCAAGUUCCAUCUCCAAACUCACCAACCUGAAAACGCUAGUGCUGCCGUCAACAGGCAUAUCGGGGAGCAUUCCGAAGGAAUUAGGCAGCGUGGUCAGCCUUGAGUACCUCAACUUAUACGGCACAAGCAUUGAGGGCUUCAUCCCCACCUCCAUCGGCACCCUCAACGCGCUCCAGACUCUCAAUCUGGCCUACACGGGCCUGUCAGGGAGUCUACCUGAGGAGAUAGGCGGGUGUUCUGCCCUCGCAAUGCUCUCUCUGUCAUUCACUCCAAUCUCUGGCUCUCUCCCCACGUCCCUCAGCAAGCUCGUCAGCCUCACCCAGUUUGACUGCCAGAGGUGUGCGCUCUCAGGGGAAUUGCCUAGUACUAUGGGCGGUCUCGGCACUCUGCAGUACCUCAACCUGAACAUGAAUCAGCUGAGUGGACCACUGCUUAAAGCACUUGAGGGUCUUACCAGCCUCCACACCCUUAAGCUAUCCAACAAUGCCAUCAGCGGGUCUUUGCCACGCGGCAUUAGUCGUCUCACUGCACUCACAUGGGCGGAGAUAUCAAGCAACGAGUUGAGUGGGUCAAUACCUGAAGGCAUUGGUGCGCUCACCAACGUGCAGCAGCUUUCUCUGGACCACAACCAGCUAUCAGGCCCUCUGCCCAGCACCAUCAGCGACCUCGUUCGUCUCAAGGAGCUAUCUCUGAGUUUCAACGAGUUCUUUGCGUCCAUUCCUGCAGAGGUCAGCGGCCUUGUUGACCUGCAGUUACUAGCCAUGUCCAACUGUGAGCUGCUCGGCUCGCUGCCAUCGGAGCUUGGUAUGCUCCCCAACCUCAGCUACCUUGAUCUGAGCUUCAACUCCCUCAAUGGUUCGCUGCCCUUAUAUCUUGCCAAGCUUACCGGACUCGAUACCUUAGACCUGUCCCACAACCAGCUGUCAGGGUCGAUUCCAAAGGACCUCCUCCCCACCAACCUCAGACGCCUGGACCUGUGCUGCAAUGAGCUUUCAGGGACAAUCCCCAACACCAUAGGGGGGUUGUUGCAGCUUGAACAUCUGGAUCUGAGCUCCAACCGCUUCAGUGGCUCUAUACCCACAGAGAUGACAGAUCUCAUUCAACUCACCCUCCUCAACCUGCGCAGCAACCAGCUCACAGGCUCCGUGCUGCAGCCCAUCCCCCACGGCAUGCGACAGUACCAGCUCGACAACAACUACUUCUCCUCCGCCUUCCCCUCGCAGCCACCCUGCCCUGCCGGCACCAUCAUAACCACGCGCAGCAACUGCGCAGUAGCAAAGGACGGCAGCCCUGCUCCCACCUUCUCGUGUCCCGAGGGAUUGGACGCGCAGAGGCGGGCGGAGGUGUGCCGGGCGUUCUGCGGGCUGUCGAGUGAGAGCCUGCCGUGUGGCGGGCACGGUGUGUGCUUCUUUGAUGGGCCGAAUCGUGUGCCCACGUGCGCGUGCGAUAGUGGAUACACGAAUGGAGGCGUGCCGGGGUCGUGCGUGCCUGAUGAUGGCUCUCUCCCAUUCAUCAACACCACUUCAGACUCCUCCCCACCGACUUCUCUCUCCCUCAGCGGCUCCGCAUCCCUCCUCCCCACCGCCGCCAUCCUCCUCUCACCAGCCCAGCCCACCAACUGGGGCGCCGCCUUCUUGCCCCAGCCCAUCCGCCUCUUCUCCAUCGCAGUUCUCUCUUCCUCCUCCUGUGGCCGCGCCCUCCCAUUCUCCACCUCCUUCGCCUUCACCAUCGCUCUUUCCGACUCCUCUCCGAGCCCUCCUUCUGCUAAUGCAUUCGCUGCUCUGGCGUUCGUUGUCUCCGCGACUGGUGCUGUUGCUGGUGGCACGAGCAGCAGUAGCAGUGGGUCGUACCUUCCUGAGUCUGAGCACAGCAUUGCAGUGGUCUUUGAUGCAGUGCCAGCCAGUGCCAGCAAGCCAAAAGGCAUCGUCUCCAUCCAAGUCAAAAGCUCCACCAGCUCCAGCAGCAGCACUGGGUUCACCUCAAUAGCCACAGCCACCGCCCCCUCGCCGCUCAACGACGGCUCCCCAAAGUACGCCUGGAUUGACUACCACCCCUCCUCUUCCUCCGCUGCCGCCGCCGCCGCCGCCGCUGCUGCAGCUACUGGCUCUCUGCGCGUCUUCCUCUCCUCCAGGCCCUCCCCACGGCCGUCCAAGCCCGUGCUGUCAGCGCGCAUCUCCCUGUGCGCGCUGCUCCAGCCCACUGAGAGCGCCUCUGCUUUCUUCCUCGGCUUCGCUGCUGCCUCUGACAACCCCCCGCUCGAGCUCACACUGCUGCAGUGGAGCAUUGCUGCAGGCCUCCAAAGCGUACCAAUUGACUCAGCCUUCCCACUGGGUCUCACCCUCUCAGACGACUCCCUCUCCCCGCCCCACGUCAACCCCUUCUUCCGAUACGCCAGCGCCGGCGUGCUGCCCCUGCACCCCAACGGGGACACCAGCAGCAGCAGCAGCAGCAGCAGCAGCAGCAGCGGCGGCGGCGGCGCCAGCAGCAGCGGAUCCGGCACAAGCGAUGCGCAAGACACCGAGCCAGAGCAAACGUGGCUGGUCUCCCCCUCGUCCUCCUGGUUCCGCCCCGACCUGCUCUGGCCCGUGAGGCAGCAGCAGGCGUGUGGCGACUGCUGGGCGUAUGCGGUGGUGGGCAGCAUAGAGGCGGCCUACAGCAUAAUGGCGAACCUCUCGGUGGCGCCGCAGCUGUCAGCGCUGCAGCUGCGCUCCUCCAUGCGCGCCGACUGCCAGGGCGGCUCGCCCUCCCAGGCCUUCGCCUUCCUCCUCAAAGCCGCCCGCUCGGGGAAGGGCGUGGGAGGGCUUGUGGAGGAGAAAAGAGCAGCUGUGGCGGAGGGAGGAAGGGGGCAGGGGAAGGGGAGGGCGGCUGGGAGAAGGCUACGGGGAGCAGAGGGAAAGGCGGAGCGGUGGGGCAUGGGGACGAGUGAGGGUAUGGUGCGUUCGGUGGUAGAGCAUGGACAUGUUAACCCAGACGGCGCUAGCGUUGCAGCAGCUUUUCCAACAGCUGCAGCCAUUGCAGAGGGAGGAGCAGCAGCAGAGGGGGCACGAAGGCAGCUGGCAGGGGGCACGGGCAGUGGGCUGUGCUCGCCUGUGUUUGCAGUGCUGAGGAAGCUGUUUGGCAUCACUUGCAAGAGCGGUGUGCCGAUGGAUACCCGAAAGAAGGGCUUUCAGAUCAGCGGCUUUGAGCGCACGUCCUUCUACGGCUGGUUCGGCCUGCUGCUGGCCGUGCAGCGCCAGCCAGUGGUGGUGCACAUAGAGGCGUCUGCUGAGUCGUUCAAGCAGUAUGACGGGCUGUCCAAGUACCAGGACCCAGCGUGCUUCACGUACAACCUGAACCACGUGGUGCUGCUGGUGGGGUACCGCCUGGUGGGGGCGGACGACACUGCUCCCCACAUGGCGCCGCCCUUCUGGAUCAUCCGCAACUCGUGGGGGGCGGACUGGGGCGAUGGGGGCCACAUGCGCAUGGACAUCCAGGGGGGGGAUGGCGUGUGCGGCAUCAACACUCUGCCGGGCCUCUAUCCUGUUGUUCAAUCGCCACGAGACCCAUGCAACAUGCAGGCGCGCAGGGGGGCGUUGGGUCCGGUGCUGAACCCGUGCGGCAACUUCACGUGCCGCGUGCAGGGCACCACCAACCGCUGCGACUGCACUGACCCCCGCUUCGUGGAGGCGCUCAAUGGCGACGGCUCACGCACCUGCGCCUAUGUGGACGUGUGUCGGGCGUCGUUUCGCAACCCGUGUGCGGUGGGCACAUGUGUGAAUGACGGGGCGGGGUCGUACUCAUGUGUGUGUCCACCGGGCUUCAGGCAGGGCACCACAGUUGAUGGCACUUACUCCUGCGCUCCAGGCGACACCGACGGCACCUACACAGUUCUCUCCCUCGGCCUCACGUGUGCCGCCAUCCACCCCGUCUACGGCCUCACUCUACCGCAGUUCACCGCACAGAACCCGAAUGUGGAUUGCAGCAUGCCGCUGCCUCUGAACACGCAUCUCAACGUCACACCACCUGACGGCCUCACUCCGUGCUCUGUCUUCUACACCACUGACCAGGGUGACACGUGUGCAUCCCUAGCAGCCUACUUCCAGCUGACCAAGAGCUGCAAUCCCAGCGGCACCCCGUGCAUUGAAGCCCUGCUCGCUCUCAACCCCGGGCUCAACUGCACCGCACUAGACAGUGGGGAUGGUGGUGGGGGGGGUGGUGGCGCGGGUGUGGGUGGGGGAGUAAGUGGGGAUGGCCUACAGCCGAACCAGGUGGUGUGUGUGGAGCGGCGGGGGGAGAGAGACGCAGCAGCAGGGGGGCAGGUGAUCCCGGUGUGCUCGCAGUACUACCUGGUGCAGAGCGCAGAGACGUGCGAGUCCAUUCGCAACGUGCCCUCCCCGCCGCUCUCCCCGCUCGACUUCUUCCGCCUCAACCCCGGCAUGCGCUGCUCGCGCCUCGUGCCCAAGACCUCUGCAGACAGCUUCACUGGCUUUGAGGCAUGCAUACAGAGCCAGUCAAGCUACACGGCUGGAACCUGUCCAUUCUCCAACUUCUACAUGGUUACAAACAGUGAUCGCUGCAGCAUGGUUCAGGGGUCCACAUCUCGCCGUGCGCGCCAGCCUGCGCUCUCCGCGUCCUCUCCGCUCUCCUUCUUCGCGCGCUUCUUCUCGCUCUUCCCCUCCUUCCGCCGCAACCCCGUGCGCCACUCGCUCAUUCUGCUCGGCGCGCUUCUCCUCCUCGCGCGCCACCUCGCGCACCGCACCUCCCCCCACGCGCGCAAGCUGCAGGCGCAUCUCUCCUUCACCCGCCAAACUUCCGCAACCGCCGCCGCCGGCACAGCCGCUGGCGGAUCCGCUACCGCUUUCAGCGCUGUCGGCGGUUCAAAUUCCGGAAGCUCCGCAGGUUCCGUAAAUGACGGAGAAUUAGAAACUCUGGGGAAGCGGGGAAGCUUGGGGACAGAUGGCGCGGGGAACGGGGCUGGCGGCGGGGUGGGGGAAGCGAGGGGAGCGGGGGAAGCGGAGGGCGCGGGGGAGGUGCGGCUGUGGAACGGCGUGAUGAUGCCGCGGUUGGGGUUUGGGACGGCGGGACUGGGGGAGGAGACAGAGAGGGCCGUGGGGUGGGCGCUGGAGGCUGGGUACAGGCUGUUUGACUCGGCGCAAGCACGUGAGUGGUACCGAGAGGACGCAGUGGGGGCAGCCAUAGCGCAGCACAACGUGUCCCGCAACCAACUCUUCCUCGUCUCCAAGCUGCACCCGCGGCAUCACGGGCACGCCAUCACACGCGAGCGCUUCUCCGACUCCCUGCGCGAUCUCCGCGUGCCCUACCUCGACCUCUUCCUCCUGCACUACCCCUUCUGCUUCCCCGCCAUCUGCGGGGACGCAGGGGCAGCGGCAGCGACGGGUGCGGGGUGGCUGGACAGCUGGCGGGCUCUGGAGGAGCUGUAUCAGCGGGGAGCGGUGCGGGCGAUCGGUGUGAGCAACUUUGGGCGAGACGAGCUGCUGGAGCUGAUUGCACAGGCGGAGGUGAAACCGCACGUGCUGCAGAGGAACUCCGACCCCCUACGAGCAGACAAGGACCUACAAUCGCUCUGUGCUCAGCAUGGCAUCGCGUACAUGGCCUACUCCUCCCUUGGCUCGCAGCACCUGAUCUUCUCCGACUCGCCCUCCCACAACCCUGUCCUGGACCACCCGGUCAUCAAAGCCAUUGCUGCACGCCGUGCCUGCUCGCCCGCACAAGUGGUGCUCAAGUGGGGGUUGCUGAAGGGGCAGGUGGUGAUUCCGAGAGUGGCGUUCUGCAGGCUGAAGCGUUAA